AUGAAGCCAGCGAGGACUAAGACACCCAGGAAACCUGUAGGGAAGAAAGGAUCCCAAACGAGUCUUAAAGACCCAGUUGGGGUAUACUGUAGAGUGCGCCCACUGAGCUUUCCUGAUCAAGAGUGUUGCAUAGAAGUGAUCAAUAAUACAACUGUUCAGCUUCAUACUCCUGAGGGAUAUAGACUCAACCGAAAUGGAGACUAUAAGGAGACUCAGUAUUCAUUUAAACAAGUAUUUGGCAUUCAUACCACCCAGAAGGAGCUCUUUGAUGCUGUGGCUAACCCCUUGGUAGAUGACCUCAUUCAUGGCAAAAAUGGUCUUCUUUUCACAUAUGGUGUGACGGGGAGUGGGAAGACUCACACCAUGACUGGUUCCCCAGGAGAAGGAGGGCUGCUUCCUCGUUGUCUGGAUAUGAUCUUUAAUAGUAUAGGGUCAUUUCAGGCUAAAAGAUAUGUUUUUAAAUCUAAUGAUAGGAAUAGCAUGGAUAUACAGUGUGAAGUUGAUGCCUUAUUAGAACGGCAGAAAAGAGAGGCCAUACCCAACCCAAAGACCCCUUCUAGCAAACGACAAAUAGAUCCAGAGUUUGCAGAUAUGAUAAAUGUACAAGAAUUUUGCAAAGCAGAAGUUGAUGAGGAUAGUGUCUAUGGUGUAUUUGUGUCUUACAUUGAAAUAUAUAAUAAUUACAUAUAUGAUCUACUGGAAGAGGUGCCGUUUGAUCCCAUAAAACCUAAGUGGAACGUUUACAACACCCCCAUGAGGAACACAGACUUUCUGCCUCUACAAUCUAAAUUGCUUCGUGAAGACAAGAAUCAUAAUAUGUAUGUCGCAGGAUGUACAGAAGUAGAAGUAAAAUCUACUGAAGAGGCUUUUGAAGUUUUCUGGAAAGGCCAGAAAAAGAGACGUAUUGCUAACACACAUUUGAAUCGUGAGUCCAGCCGUUCCCAUAGUGUAUUCAAUAUUAAAUUAGUUCAAGCCCCACUGGAUGCAGAUGGAGACAAUGUCUUACAGGAAAAAGAACAAAUCACUAUAAGCCAGUUGUCCUUGGUGGAUCUUGCUGGAAGUGAAAGAACUAACCGGACAAAAGCAGAAGGGAAUAGAUUACGUGAAGCUGGUAACAUUAACCAAUCACUAAUGACGCUAAGAACAUGUAUGGAAGUCCUGAGAGAAAACCAAAUGUAUGGAACUAACAAGAUGGUUCCAUAUCGAGAUUCAAAGUUAACCCACCUGUUCAAGAACUACUUUGAUGGGGAAGGAAAAGUACGCAUGAUCGUGUGUGUGAAUCCAAAGGCUGAAGAUUAUGAAGAAAGCAUGCAAGUCAUGAGAUUUGCAGAAGUGACCCAGGAAGUUGAAGUUGCAAGACCAGUAGAUAAGGCAAUAUGUGGUUUAACACCUGGACGGCGAUACCGGAACCACGGUCGGGCAGGUCCAGUUGGAGAUGAACUGUUGGUUACAGACGUGGUCUUACAGAGUUUUCCACCAUUGCCGCCCUGCGAGAUUUUGGAUAUCAAUGAUGAGCAGACUCUCCCCAGGCUUAUUGAAGCAUUAGAGAAACGCCAUCAGCUACGACAAAUGAUGAUUGAUGAGUUUACUAAACAAUCUUUUACUUUUAAAGGUAUGUUGCAAGAAUUUGACAAAGGUGUUUCAAAUAAAGAAUACUCCAUUCAAGGAAAACUGAAUGAAAAAGAAAAGGUGAUAUCAGGACAAAAAUUGGAAAUAGAACGACUGGAGAAAAAAACCAAAACUUUAGAAUAUAAGAUUGAAAUUUUAGAGAAAACAACUACUAUCUAUGAAGAAGAUAAGCGCAAUCUGCAACAGGAACUUGAAGCCCAGAAUCAAAAACUUCAACAACAGUUUUCUGACAAACGCAGACUAGAAGCCAGAUUGCAAGGCAUGGUGACAGAAACAACAAUGAAGUGGGAGAAAGAAUGCGAGCGGCGAGUGGCAGCUAAACAAUUGGAGAUGCAAAAUAAACUCUGGGUGAAAGAUGAAAAACUGAAACAACUGAAGGCUAUUGUUACUGAACCCAAAUCUGAAAAGCCAGAGAGACCCUCUCGGGAACGGGAUCGAGAAAAAGCUACUCCAAGAUCUGUUUCUCCAUCGCCAGUACCUCUUUCUGAUAACUAUAUUGCUCAGAUUUCCAACGGCCAGCAACUCAUGAGCCAACCACAACUACAUAGGCGCUCUAAUUCUUGCAGCAGCAUCUCAGUAGCUUCCUGUAUUUCGGAAUGGGAGCAGAAAAUUCCUUCGUACAACACACCUCCCAAUGUCACAUCCAUUGCAAGGCGUAGGCAGCAGGAGCCAGGACAAAGUAAAACUUGUAUCGUGUCAGACAGAAGGCGAGGGAUGUACUGGACUGAAGGCAGGGAGUUGGUUCCUACAUUCAGGAAUGAGAUAGAAGUAGAAGAGGAUCAAUGCUACAGGAACGCACCACCACUUCGUCUCCGCCACAGACGAUCACGCUCUGCAGGAGACAGAUGGGUAGAUCAUAAGCCUGCCUCUAACGUGCAAACUGCAACAGUCAUGCAGCCACAUGUCCCUCAUGCCAUCACAGUGUCUGUUGCAAAUGAAAAGGCACUAGCUAAGUGUGAGAAGUACAUGCUGACCCACCAAGAACUAGCCUCCGAUGGGGAGAUUGAAACUAAACUAAUUAAGGGUGAUGUGUAUAAAACACGGGGUGGCGGACAAGCUGUUCAGUUUACUGAUAUUGAGACUUUGAAACAAGAAUCACCAACUGGUCGAAAACGAAGAUCUUCCACAGUAGCACCUGCCCAACCAGAUGGUGCAGAGUCUGAAUGGACCGAUGUAGAAACCAGGUGCUCUGUGGCUGUAGAGAUGAGAGCAGGGUCUCAGCUGGGACCUGGAUAUCAGCAUCAUGCACAACCCAAGCGCAAGAAGCCAUAA